AUCGGACCGACGCUCAAUACACUCCUCGGCCUCUUUGCCUUUGACGAGGUGCCAUCGCAGAGCCUCGUCAUUGGAUUCACGUGCGUCGUCUUGGCACUGAUCGUGUUUACGUAUACCAGUCUCUCGCCGUCCACGAAACGCACCGAGAAGGCGCCGUUGCUGCCGCAGAAGGCCGCGUCGUAA